AUGGACGAUACUCCUACACGUCCUUCUUCCCCGGGAAACUCCAAUGGCAGUGCCCGGUCUCGUUCCAGCACACGAAAACAGCCCUCUUACGACGCUUCAGCUUUGAUGAUAAACCCAUCACCUCUCUUGACCUCAUCUCUGCACUCCCGCCAUUCGGCCACAUCUGCACAAGAGUCUGCAUACUUGAAGCAAGCACGCUUGCUGGGAUGGGUUCGACUCGCUCUGUCCCUCCUGACAAUUGCCUCAGCCGUGGCCGCUGCUGGUUCUGUAGGGCAUGUGCUGCACAAGUAUAACUCAACGCACUUGGGCAGCAAAUGGCACCUAUCUUUGUGGCCGCAAAAUGUUGACUUGAGGCCUACCUUGGCUGUGUUGGCUUGUGCUUGCAUAAUUGCUGCUGUCAGCCUAGCAUAUGUGGUGUUCUGGGUCAUCCCCAGCCCACAUUCCCGGACGCUAUUGUACAGCCUGAUAUUCCUGGGAUCGUCCAUCCUCGGCUUGGCUCUCUGCGUUUUCGCCAUCCCUUUCAAUCAGGCACUUGUCAACCUGACCGCCCACCAUCGGCGGGAGUCACUGCAGUCUUGGACCUGCAAGUUCUCCGACGGCGCAGCUGGGUUUAAUUCCGACAUCCAUUCUCUUCAGAUCCCGGUCUUUACCACCAAUGGUGUGCCCAUACCCGCAGGCUUCAAGAGGCUUUGUAUGGAGAGUCAAGUGGGCACGGGCUUGAUGAUUGCCGUCUUGGUUCUGGAGGCGGCUAGCUCUGGUAUAGCAGGGAUGGGCAUAUUGCUGGAGAAGAGGAUGGCCAUUGCGAGAAGGGAAAGGUAUGCCAAUGAUGAAAAGGGUGGCCAUGUGUCCUAG